UGAACCAUAAUUUUCAAACGAGAAUUUACAUCAACAAAUAUGGCUGCAUUUCAUUCCCCUUCAACUGCAUCCAGUGGGAUGGUUUUGUUGUUGCUUAUCGGUUUCUCGAUGGCUGCUUUUGCUUACGGUAACUUUUACCAUAAAUUCGACGUCGUUUGGGGAGACGGCCGUGCUGUGAUUCAAGAAGGUGGGGACCUGCUUACGCUGUCUCUUGACAAAACAUCUGGCUCUGGGUUCCAAUCCAAGGAUGAAUAUCUAUAUGGAAAAAUCGAUAUGCAGCUCAAGCUUGUCCCUGGCAAUUCAGCUGGCACAGUUACUGCCUACUAUUUAUCCUCCAAAGGUGAUGCAUGGGAUGAAAUAGAUUUUGAAUUCUUGGGGAACUUAAGUGGACAACCUUACAUUCUCCAUACUAAUGUAUUCUGCCAAGGCAAGGGCAACAGGGAGCAGCAAUUCUACUUAUGGUUUGACCCCACUGCAGAUUUCCACACCUACUCCAUCCUUUGGAACCCAGAGCGCAUUGUGUUCUCUGUGGAUGGCAUCCCUAUUAGAGAGUUUAAGAACUUGGAGUUUCUUGGCGUUCCAUUUCCUAAGAAUCAGAAAAUGAGGUUAUAUUCUACGCUUUGGAAUGCCGAUGAUUGGGCAACUAGAGGUGGACUUGAGAAGACGGACUGGAGUCAAGCCCCUUUCAAAGCUUCCUAUAGGAACUUCAAUGCCGAUGCUUGCGUUUGGUCAUCUGGUUCAUCUUAUUGCAGCUCAAACAAAAAUGCAUGGUUUUGGGAAGAGCUUAAUUUCGCUAAGAAAGGACAGAUGAAAUGGGUGCAAAAUAAUUACAUGGUCUAUAAUUACUGCGAAGACACAAAGCGAUUCCCCCAAGGCCUUCCCACAGAAUGUACCUUUGCCGACAUACUCUAAGAACAUAUAAUCUACGUGGAAUUUGAAUUCCCAGGAAUUGCAUUUCCUGUGUCGAUCGGUUAAAUAAGCUCCCUUCUUGAUGUGUGUGUUUUUUAUUUUUGUUUCUAUACUUUU